CACUCGGACGCCGGGCUCGCGACUCGCGCGCGCUGGGAGAGGGCGCGAGCGGCCCGGGCCAGCUGCGUCCCCCCCACCCGCUGCCCUCCGCGCGGCGAAGCGCCGGAGCUUCCGGGCCGCGCUCAGUUCCAAGUCGGGCACCAUGGAGGCGCAGGCACAAGGUUUGUUGGAGAGCGAGCCAUUGCAAGGAAGAGAUGAGGAUGCAGUAGCCAGUGCUGACUUCUCUAGCAUGCUCUCUGAAGAGGAGAAGGAAGAGCUCAGGGCAGAAUUAGUUCAGCUAGAAGACGAAAUUACGACCUUAAGACAAGUCUUGUCAGCAAAAGAAAGACAUCUGGUUGAGAUCAAACAAAAGCUCGGCAUGAAUCUGAUGAAUGAAUUAAAGCAGAACUUCAGCAAAAGCUGGCAUGACAUGCAAACCACUACUGCCUACAAGAAAACACACGAAACCCUGAGUCAUGCAGGUCAGAAGGCAACUGCAGCUUUCAGCAAUGUUGGGACAGCCAUCAGCAAGAAGUUUGGAGACAUGAGGUACUCCAUUCGCCAUUCCAUAAGUAUGCCUGCCAUGAGGAAUUCUCCUACUUUCAAAUCAUUUGAGGAGAGGGUUGAGACAACUGUCACAAGCCUUAAGACGAAAGUAGGUGGAGCGAACCAGAGCGGAGGCAGUUUUGAGGAGGUUCUCAACUCUACAGCCCAUGCCAGUUCCCAGAGCACCUCGGGAGGCCCCCGGCAGGCAGAGGAGGAGCUGCAGUGCUAGGUGCAGCCAGCCUGCAGCUGCAUCCAUGAGCUGGCUGUUGGCCACUGUCCCACCCAUCUCUGCCUGAGCAUAUCCUGAUCCGAAGACCAAAAUCCCACUGGGAACAUGGAGGUCUUGAUAUUGUUAUUCAAACAGCAUCUCCAGAAAUUCUCCUAAAGUGAUUUCUGUGCGUAUUUGUGUUGACGUUGUACCAUUUAGCCAUCAUCCUUCAGUAUUUAUCGACCGUCAUCUUAAAAAAAAAAAAUGUCCACACUGGAGCAGGAACACAAUUAGUUGUAAUACUUGUCUGUGUAAUUCAACAUAUAUUUCCCAUCAUAUAGCUACUAUUAUUUGCUUGGCUUCCAUGGUAAGAUGCAUGUCCUUGAAGACUGAGUAAAGUCCAUUCAGUUCUUCAUCUCAGCAGGUGAGGCUCUGAGUUCUUUUCAACUCUCCAGCAGCAGGUGACUACAAACGUCACCAAACUGCUUGUGAUCCCCUUACCAACAUCAAUUAUGUAUGUUUAUUUAAGUCAUUAAAAUAAUUGAUUUUAAUGCUGACUGAUUUUUUUUUAUUUCUUCAAGUCCUCAGGGUUAUUGAUUGUUUGUAAAGGAUAUAAGUUUACAGAUGUAAUUUUAAAUUAACUUCUAAUUUGAAUAGGACAAGAGGAUAUGACAGUAUUUAUAACCUCAGCCACUCUAGGAUAUUAAAAUAAUACUAAAACUUUCUCCAAUCUACAUUGAGUCAUAGCUACUCAGGUAAUCUGAAAAGGAGGGAGCUUUGUGCAGAGGACACACAUGCCAUACCCAAACUGCAGCACUGAGUGUCCCUCAGAAACCAUCGUUUCUCAUCUUUAAAUCGGAAGACUGAAAUUAUGCACGUAAAAUACGCUAGGGUGGAAGCUGCUUCUUCACAAAGCAUUCCACCUUUGCAAUUGGUAUAGAAUAUCAAAGCAUAUAUUGGAGCAUAUAGCACCACAGAGGCUUUGAGAGGAAUCAGUAUUUUUUUUAAAAUACAAGAGCAUUGAAAAUUACAUAACAGCUGGUGGAAUGCCAAUCCACAGGAGGGAAAAAAGUAACAAGGAGUUCUUUUUUGUUGAGUUCAACCCAAGAAUAAUUAUUUACUCUGAAUCAUAAUUAUAGGAGUUGCUAUUUAGAAGGAGACUAAUUCCAAGAAGUAGCAGAUAUACUCCAAAAAGGAAAAAAAUUUUAAGUCAUAUUCAAAUAUUUGUAGACAUUACCAGUGGAUUCAAUAACUAACUUCUCUUAUUAGUCUUUAUUUUAUUAAAAGAUUUUACUCAUAGCACUAGUGUGUGUGUGUGUGUGUGUGUAUGUGCAUGUGUGUGUAUAAAAGCCAAAUUACCUCAGAAACAAGGUUUGGAACCACAGAAUAUGGUCAACUGAGAUAAGAUUUAAGGGAUCAGUAUAUAGAAUGACCCAGUCAGAGUUCCAAAUUUUCUGUGAACUCUUAGCUAUUUACAAAAUUGCAAGACAUUCAAAAUAAAACUUCUGGUUAUAAAGACUUGAACUUUAUUGAAAUUAUUUUAUUUACCUGUUUGUUUUAUUUACCUGUUCUCAUGCCAAGUGGAAGAAUAAUGCCACAAUAUUCAUAGAUGGAGUUGUUAGCCUAUUAACGUAUCUCCAAAAAUAAUCAAACAUCAUGUUCUUUCUCCUUUCCAUGCAAAGCAACUGUAUGUACACAUGUAUGUAUUGCUUCUGAAGAGAUCAUGAACCUUGCUUCCUGCAGACUGGGUAUCCAUGGAUACUGCAUAGAGUUUCCAAAGAAACGCUGCCUAGAAUUUCUACCAGGCCAGCCUCAAAUGCUUUCCUUUCUUCCAAUAGAAACCGUCAGGUACAUUAAAGGGACAGGCCUCAUUGCUCCACACCAAAAUACCAACUAGGUUUUCAUCGAUCUUAUUCCUUUACAUAUUAUUCAAUGGUUGUACACUGAAUACAAGGCAUACUUAGGCCAUGAAAGUAAAAUGAGGAGAAGUCAGGUUGAUACAUAAUCUGUCUAAGGCUCAGUGACUCCAGCAAUCCUCCUAUUAGUAUUUCUUCCCUGCUGAUAAAUGUUUUUAUAAACAAGGCCUUCAAAUCUGUAAGUCAGAUGGAAAAAUACAAAGAGAAAGGUACAUGGCAUUUAAAAUUUUAUGUCCCAGGUUAUUACCCAAAAUGCUCAAGGAUUUGAGGGCAGGGUUAUCAGGAACAGAAAUCUACAGUCACUAGCCAGAGGCAAUCUCCAUGGAAUUCAAAAUCUAAUUCAAGAAAGUGAUCAUCUGAUAAAAUAUCUGGAGAAUACAUUACCCACAGUUUCUUUUCUGACCUCCCUUCCUCACUCUAUCAGCAGAGAAAUCUGUUCUCAAAAACAAGCAAAAUUCCAGAGUUCAAGCCCCACAACUGACAAAAAAAAAAAGGAAAGACUCAAAUUUUCUACCCUUCAGUGAGCCUGGCCUUCUGGGAUAUAUAUUAUUAAGUUAGAGUAAGAUGAUUUAAGACUUGAAAUAAAUAUUCCAAAACUCAAAAGUAUUUUAUAUUUAUUUAGUUCAUAAUAAAAAAAAGGAACUCUCCUGUCUAGUCUUUAUCCAUGGUAUUUCAUAUGACCCCUUCCUGUUCUGUUGCAAUUGAAAAUAAACAGACUCAUAUCUGGAGAAAUUAGCAGACUAACAAU